UUUUCUGUCCGGGCCGGGCGGCGGGACGCUACGCCGGCAGCCGCGACGGAGCGCGGUGUCCGGCUCCCGGCCUCGGGGUUAUGCGCUGGGGUGAUGGUCCCGCCGGCUGGCGCCAGGCUCCUCCCGCGCUCGGGAGGGAACCCCUUCCUCAGCCUCCUCUUCCUGCUGCUGCUCUGCCCCGGCGGUGGGUCCCUGCCGCGCCGCCGGCCCGUGGGGCCGCCCGUGGUGCUGGUUCCGGGAGACUUGGGCAAUCAGUUGGAAGCAAAGUUAGAUAAACCAUCAGUAGUGCACUAUCUCUGCUCUAAGAAGACAGACAGUUAUUUUACACUCUGGCUGAAUUUAGAAUUGCUUCUUCCUGUCAUCAUUGACUGCUGGAUUGAUAAUAUCAGGCUGGUAUACAAUCGAACAAGUAAGAUUACAGAACCACCAGAUGGGGUGGAUAUCAGAGUCCCAGGUUUUGGGCAGACAUUUUCUUUGGAGUUCCUUGACCCAAGUAAAAGAAGCGUUGGCAGUUACUUUUAUAUGCUGGUGCAGAGUUUAGUAGACUGGGGCUAUAAACGUGAUGAAGAUGUAAGAGGAGCACCUUAUGACUGGCGAAAGGCACCAAAUGAGAACAGAGACUAUUUUGUGGCUCUUCGCAAGAUGAUAGAGUUAAUGUAUGAGCAGUAUGGAAGUCCGGUUGUCUUAAUCGCCCACAGUAUGGGUAAUAUGUACACCCUCUACUUCCUCAACAAUCAGACUCAAGAUUGGAAAGACAAGUACAUAAAGGAUUAUGUGUCAUUAGGCGCUCCGUGGGGAGGAGUGGCUAAAACUCUCCGUGUGCUGGCUUCAGGUGACAACAACAGAAUACCCGUUAUCAGUUCACUCAAGAUCAGAGACCAGCAGAGAUCAGCGGUUUCCACAAAUUGGAUGCUCCCAUACAACUACACAUGGCCUCCAGAUAAGGUCUUUGUAAGAACACCUACAGCUAACUACACUCUUAGAGAUUACCAGAAAUUCUACAGGGACAUCAGUUUUGAAGAUGGCUGGCUCAUGAGACAAAACACUGAACCCUUGGUCUACCAGAUGACACCACCUGGUGUGCGCAUACACUGUCUUUAUGGUACUGGUGUGGAAACACCAGAUUCUUUCCAUUAUGAAAGUUUUCCAGACAAAGAACCCAAGAUCUUUUACAGCGAUGGGGAUGGUACAGUAAACUUACAGAGUGCCUUGCAAUGUCAAAAGUGGGUGAACAUGCAAAAACAGAAAGUGGUGGUAUUUGAGCUUUCAGGAAAUGAGCAUAUUCAAAUGCUGUCCAAUGAUACUACUAUCUCCUAUGUGAAAAAGCUGCUUUUUAAUUUGUGAUACAUUGUGUUGAGUUAUUUUCCUCACCUGUGAUGCCUUCCCUUAAAUAUGGGGAAAAUGCCUUUUAAUCUCUUUGUAUUUAGAUAUUUGAAUUAUUUAUUUUGUGGGGAUUUUUUUUAAGGCUGUGUUCGAGAAGUUGUUUGGUGUCCUAACUGAUAGUUUGUCUUUGAUUUGUGUUUAUGAUGCUUCAUGGUAUUUUCACAUUCUGCAAAUUUGGUCAGAUAUGCAUUUUGGUGCCUCUGGUGUUUGUGUCCAGUAUCAUACAGCCUUUCACUUGGAGACUGUGCAGCCCAUGCACAUACUACAUAGUAUCAGAUACCUGAGUUCCUUUGUGUGACUGUGUAUUUGCAGGGUUUGGAGUGGGAGGGCUACGGAAGGUUGCAGUUUCAGGUGCCCAUAAAACAAGGUAAUGAUACUAACAAUUGAGAAGCACAGUAAACUUCUUUUAAAAGGUCUUGCAUAUUCUGAUUCAGAGUUUCCAGUACGUUAGUUUGUAAAUGUGCACAUCUGCUAGGUAAAGUAGGGAAGACCUCUGCCUGGUACUGUACUACCUGUGUCAUAAUCCAGACUUGCUUUUAUUACGGCUUUUGGGAAGAGAGAGAGAUGUGUGAAUUACUUCAAGUUCUUAAAUAUCUUUAAUUUUUUUGUUUUGGUUUGGUUUUUGUUUGGUUUUUUGAAGAAGGAGAAAUUGUUUGCUCAUCAGCUUCUAGAACCUGAUUACAUACAAUCUGGAGUCUGAGGAAUUCUCAUCUUGUGCUUUAUUUAUCGAUGAGGGAAAGAAGCUGAACAGUGGUUGGUGCUUGCAAUAGCCUUAAGCUGUGUGGAGUAGCAAAUAAAUUAAAGCUAAUUGAAUACUGUCAAACAAUCCCUAUGGUGCAGAAUUGCAUUUCUGGGUGAAAGAUGAUCUGUAGUGGAAAUGAUAACGGAUGGUGGGCAUUAGUUCAAAAAGAACAGUGAACUUCUGGAAACUGGGUGGAGAAUGGAAGCCAGCAUAAUAAAGAAUGAAGUAUAAACCUUGUUCUUGGACAAAUACUUAGCCUCUGAUCCAGUUACUGACCAAGUAGUAAUUGGACCAACAUUGCAUUCAGCUGAAAAGAAAGUUUACGUUUUAAGGCUGAAAUUCAUCUCCCAUAGGUUACAAGUUUCAUUAUUGCUGCUUCAAGAAGUUGGGAUACACUGUUUCUUAAAUCAGAGAAUCAUAGAAUGGUUUGAGUUGAAAAGGACCUCAUCAUCUAGUUCCAACUCCCCUGCCACGGGCAGGGACACCUCACACUAGACCAUGUUGCCCAAGCCUCUGUCCAACCUGGCCUUGAACACUGCCGGGGUGGAGCAUUCACCACUUCUUUAGGCAACCUGUUCCAGUGCCUCACCAUCCUCACAGUAAAGAACUUCUUCCUUAUAUCUAACCUGAACUUUCCCUGUUUAUGUUUAAACCCGUUACUCCUUGGUAUUGGCAUUGACCCACUUCUCAAAUGUGUCAGGAUCCGUCUGGAUGGCAUCCCUUCCCUCCAGUGUAUCAACUGAACCACACAGCUUAGUGUCAUUGUCAAAAGUUUCUAGAAAUUGCUGAACAUGCAAUUCUGGUAAAUCCUACAGUAUUGUUUUACUAAAUGGAAAAAAAAAAAAAAUCCAACCCUGAACUCCACAGAAAUGACAGCCUAAAGGCCAUCAUAUUUACAGCCUUGAUUACAGAAGUCCUAUUGGAGAAAUAGUUUCAUUCAAAGAUUCUCUUUUGCUUGCUUUAAAACCAGUCACCCAGAUAGACUGCACUUAGUUUUCUGAAAACACUAUUCUGAAUGCUUCCAAAAUGCUAGGUCCUCCAAGGAAGAUGUUCUAAGAGUUUCAGGAACUCAUCAGAACUAUUUAGGAUUUCUUACUUAAGAAACUGAAGUAGUCUAAAUAGUAAAGUUUUUAACUAUUUUAGUAAUAAUACAUUAAAUGUUUGCUGCCAUUAAAUGUAUCAGUAAGAUGUGUUGAAAUGACAGGCUUGAAAUUCUGUUACUGUAGACUGCAAACACUUUGGUGCAGGAGGUAGGAUUAAGGCUUAAUGUUUUAAUUCAAAAAGGACUUGUAAAUCCAGAGCCACUUGCACUAGGAUCAUUGAUAAGCUAAUUAUCUUCCUAGGUUUUUAACUUCCUUCAUUUUCCCCCUGCAUUUUCCCUAUUACUUUUGUUGAGGGAGAGUACACAUUUUCCUGAUUUUUAAAAUGGAAUGUUUAUUUUGUCCUCAGUUGCCCAGGAACCUACAGUUCAGCAGCAAUAUCACCCAGACUUUUCCAGAAUAAGAACUUGGUUGUCCUAAGCCACUUGUAACUGGUAACUGUUGAAAACAAAAAACCACCCUCAAACCCCCAAACCAAAAAGGCAAAAACAGAAAACCCACAAAAAAAUUCUUUAGCCAAAUAUUCUAUUUUAUGUAGGGCUGUCAGCUGGAUAAGCUUCAGGCUUGUGUUCUAAGACUGCUCAGAGAUGAUAAAGCUCCUCCUGUGGUCUGACUCAAUUGUUAAAUACAUUGAUAUGUUACUGGUUUGCAAUGGGAAGAAAUUACAGAAAACAGCUCAUCACAAUCUCUAUUUCUUGCUGAAGUAGAAUGCCUGUUAAUCAGCACUGGAAUGAAUGGAGCUGGAGGCUGUAUUGCAGGAUACUAAUAUGGGCAUGAAGGGCUGAGGAAAUGAAAACAAAAUGUAAAUAGUUCUUAACCUGAUCUGGAGAAUGUUUUCUAUGUUUCCAUUAAUCGGUGUCAUUUUCAAUCUUAUACCAAGAGUUUAGCUUCAGGGGGUUUUGUGAUUUGAAGUUCCAAAAUACCUGAUUCCAAAAGAUGCUCUUUAUUUUUUUAUUAUUUUUCUUUUUAAUUACUUUUUAAUACUACUUGCAUCCGAAGGCGGAGAGGAAUCUCCUUCUCUUCCAAUUUUGGCAACCUAGUACUAUGUUUCUGAGAUCAGUUGACUGCAUCUUUUAACGUAAAGAUAUGUAAAUCAGCAUUCUAUUAGUGGACAAGCCCUGGAGUGUGUGUCUUUAAAUAAACUUGUGUUAGUUAAUCUGGUAAAAUUAAGCUGAAAGUUUUACAGGGUGUUUUUUUUUGGGGGGAUUGGGUUUUUUUGCUUGCUCGUUUGGUUUGGGGUUUUUUCUUUUUUUUUUGUUUUUUUGGGGUUUGUUUUUUUUGGGGUUUGGGUUUUUUUUCAUUUUGUUUUUAAUGUUGUUUCUAACUAUAUAACCUUCUUGUGCAAGAGUAUGUGUACCUAACUGUUAGCACAAGCAUGGUACUUCUGGUGAGAUAUGAUUUGGAUGUGAAGGUUUUGCAGGCUAUAGUUCUGUUUUAUGUCCAGAAGUUGUGAUUUUUCUACCAAAUCAUCUUCAGCUUUUUCAUUUUCAGUUUUUUGCAUAUUAGGAUGAAGUUGUCAUUGAAAAGUGAAUGCAGCAAGUAAACUCCAAUUCUAAUAAUGGAAAACGAACCACUUCACUCAGCAUGUUGAGAACUGCUUACUCACUAUGACAUGUUCCUCUACAAGACAAGAGUACUUAGCAUUACUGUUACAGACCUGCUAGAGCUAUGUGCACUUGAGCACUCUAGAUUCUUGUGGGGGAGAAGUCUAAAGAAGUAAAUCUUUAAGGAGAGGAGAACAUGGCACUUCCUUAAGAGGAGUAACUCGGGUGCUUUGCCACACUACGCAGCUGAAAUGUUUGAAUUUACUGACAUUUCUUUGUUAUACCUAACAUACAUCGAUGAUGUGUCUCUCUCUUUCCAUUGUAUUUACUUGGUUUUAUUCUUCCAGGAUAUUUUCAGAAACCAAAAAUAGUCUUGAGGACCAAAUGUGUUUCUUAUUUUUGACUAAAUGUAUAGAAAAUGCUGAGGAAGCUUUCAGCGGUCAUUGUAACACUUCUGAGGAGGUUCAGAGUCACUAUGUGAUUCUGUUUAAAAACAGAA